AAUUUUGGAAUGCAACUCCUGAAAUAACUGCUAAUUCGUCAUUAUGCAUUGGCUUAGUGACAAUCCUAUUGAUCUUUUACAUUCAACAACGGUGGAAGUAUAGACGAAUUAAUAAAUUUAUGAAGACUUUGCAAGGACCACCAUGUAUUCCUUACAUUGGAAAUGCUUAUUUUGCCCUGCAAAUAAACGACCGAAAUUUGUGCAAUGUACUAAAGAGUCAAAUAGAGAAAUUUCCAAAUGGUGGAUAUUGGGUAAAAAAUAUGCCUUGGUAUGUCACUGGAGAUCUCAAAGUGAUAAAUGCCCUCUUAAGCAGUAGCCAAAAUAUAGACAAAUCGUACAUUUACUCUUACUUUAAGGAGCAUGCAGCCGGAAUCAUUUGUGCUAACGGAGAGGACUGGCGCCUGAUAAGGAGAACCGUCAAUCCAAGUUUUCAUACCAGCGUCUUGAAAUCUUUCGGCUCUACUUACAGCCACCACACGAAAACAUUCAUUGAAAAAGUGGAAAAGUUUGCUGAUGACGAAAUGAUGGUCGACUUAUUCGUUCCUCUCCACCUGUGCACGAUGGACUUUAUUUGUGAGAGCAUGAUGGGAUGCAGGAUGAACAUUCAGAAACGGGAUUUAACUUUCCUCUCCACCAAUUUAGAGAAGUCAACUGAAAUGAUUCACACGAGACUAUUCAAUGUGCUACUACAGCCAGAUCUGAUUUACUACCUUCUCGGGAAAAAACAGGAGUUAAAUAAUUGUGUGAAAGGAAUGCAUGCUUUAGCCAAAGAGAUAGUUGAAUUGCAAACAAGGCGUGGAGAAGAUGCAAGACACUCCAAAUCUGAGACAGAAAUGGUGCCAGUUUUCAUGGAAAAUCUAUUAAAGGCCGCCGAAUCAGGAAUCAUUCCAAAAGAACGUGCCGUCGAUGAAACUGUUGACAUGAUAAUCGCCGGCUCUGUGACCACAGCAACAACCGCUGCUUGGAUGCUCACAAUUUUUGCCCAACGACCAGACAUCCAAGGAAAAGCUUACAAGGAGAUCAUGGAAACUUGCGGUGGCCGAGAGAUCACCAUGGAGGAUACCUCGAAAUUUAAUUACUUGGAGAUGGUCCUCAAGGAGACAUUAAGACAUUUUUGCAUCCCCUUCAUCAGUCGCACGAUAACCGAGGAUCUCGUAGUUGACGAGAAUAUGACGAUUCCAGCGGAAGUUAAUGUCAUUUUGAGCCUUUUCGUGUUGCAUCACAACGCUGAAAAUUGGGAAAAGCCGAAUGAAUUUUAUCCUGAGAAUUUUUCACCCAUGAAUGAACUCAAGAGACCAAAAGGCGCCUUUUUACCGUUUUUAACAGGCCCACGGCAUUGUCCAGGGAGUAAGUACGCAUUCAGUUCCAUCAAAUUCCUAGUGGCAAAUGCUCUUUUACGUUACGAAUUUUCAUCUGAUGAAAAAAUGGACGACCUCCCUAACGCCAGUUAUAGAAUGAUAUUUAUGUUGUGGCCCCUCUCUGGAUUCAGGGCGAAAAUUAAAAAGCGAGCAUAGUAUUAAGGAACAUCAUUUUAUUUUUCAACAUUGAUCAAUUAUUCAUAGAAUGGAAUGAUGGGCGCCGUGGUUAAAUUCCCCAUGUCAUCAAUUUUGUGUGUUUUUGUUUGUUUGUAAGAAUUUUGCACCACUUGAAUUUGACACAAGUCAAUUCAUCUUCGUCAAUAUUUGUAUUUCUGGUCAAUUUUGCGACGAACAUUUUUAUUGAUCGUUUCAAGUAUAUAAUUUUAUACUUUUUUUAGCCCUGUGUUCAUUCUUAUUUUGU